AUAUAUCCCAACACUUCUCUUCAUACUACUCACUAAAAGCUUCUUUCUAGGAACUUAGUUGGGUGUUAAGAUCAAAAUGGAGUUGCAUACCACAAAAUGUAGCCGACCCCACUUUUUUGGAUUGUCGAUAUUUUUAGCAUUUGUGGUUUGCUUAGCGAGCGCAGAGAUACACUACCAUAAGUUUGUUAUUCAACCAACACCAGUGAAGAGGCUGUGCAACAACCAUGUGAUUAUGACAGUAAAUGGGCAGUUUCCGGGGCCAACCAUAGAGGCUCGCAACGGAGACACUCUCAUUAUCCAAGUCACUAAUUCAGGCAAAUACGACAUCACUCUUCACUGGCAUGGAAUACGUCAAAUGAGAACACCAUGGGCAGAUGGACCGGAAUACGUAACACAAUGUCCAAUUAAACCAGGAGGAACAUACACGUACCGAUACACCGUUGUAGAACAAGAGGGCACAUUUUGGUGGCAUGCUCAUAGCAAAUGGUUACGAGCUACUGUCUAUGGAGCUUUAAUUAUUUACCCCAAGCUAGGAUCUUCUUACCCUUUCUCUAAGCCUGCUAGAGAAUUUCCUCUAAUUCUUGGUGAAUGGUGGAACAGAGACCCGAUGCAAGUCCUUCGACAGUCAAUGAUAACAGGAGCAGCUCCAAACGUGUCUGAUGCAUACACUAUCAAUGGUCAACCUGGUGAUUUAUAUCGCUGCUCUAGUCAAGAUACAACUAUCUUCCCUAUUCAAGCUGGUGAAACCAUUCUCCUCCGGCUCAUCAACGCUGCACUCAAUCAACAACUAUUUUUCUCUAUCGCCAACCACCAAAUGACUAUUGUAGAAGCAGACGCGGCAUACAAUAAACCAUUCACCACCAACAUUGUCAUGAUCGGACCAGGCCAAACGACAAACAUCUUAAUCACUGCAAACCAACCACCAGCUCGGUACUAUGUAGCAGCCACAGCCUAUGCAAGCGCACCUGGUGUAGCAUUCGACAACACCACAACCACAGCAAUCCUCGAGUACAGAACAUCAAGUUCUUCCUCAAUUAGGCCAAUCUUACCACAAUUACCAGCAUGGAAUGAUACAAACACUGCCAACUCAUUUUCCUCUCGGUUUAGGAGUAUUUAUCAUGGAAAAGUCCCACUCCAAAUCGAUGAAAACCUAUUUUUCACUAUAAGUCUCGGAUCAAUCAAUUGUUCUCGCCCAAGUUUCCGGUGCCAAGCGCCUAAUAACACAAGAUUUACUGCUAGUAUGAACAAUGUUUCCUUUGUUCUACCAAGACGAAACUCUAUAUUACAAGCAAUGUACCAAAAUACACCCGGGAUUUUCACCACAGACUUCCCUGCAGUGCCCCCAUUGCAAUUUGAUUACACCGGAAAUGUUAGUCGUGGGCUUUGGACUCCUGUUCGGGGUACAAAGUUAUACAGGUUGAAAUUUGGAUCCUCUGUGCAAAUUGUAUUACAGAACACAAAUAUUGUUACAGUUGAAGAUCAUCCUAUGCAUCUUCAUGGUUACCAUUUCUUUGUUGUUGGUACGGGUAAAGGGAAUUUUAAUCCAAGAACCGAUCCUGCUAGAUUCAAUCUCGUUGAUCCACCAGUAAGGAAUACGGUUGGUACUACACCUGGUGGAUGGGUUGCUAUUCGAUUUGUUGCUGAUAAUCCAGGAGUUUGGCUAAUGCAUUGUCACCUUGAUGUUCAUAUUGGGUGGGGAUUGGCUAUGGUGUUCUUGGUCGAGAACGGUGUUGGUGAGUUACAAACCUUAGAAGCACCUCCACUUGAUCUUCCUCAAUGUUUUUGAGUGUAAAAAGCAUUGGACUUGCAUAUGAUGCUCAAGUAACAACCUCAAGAUCUAAGAACACUCUUGUUUAGAAAAUAAUGUAGUACUCCUAUCAUUUUGGAUAUUAUCAUUUCCCAUGUACCCAACUAUGGCACAAGCUCAAGCUCAAUAUUUUUCUUUUAUUUUUUUGAGUUGAGGUCAAGCUCUAUAUUAUUAUGUAUUAAAUUGAUUUAGUUUUAUUUUUGAAAAUGUGAAAUGUGUGCUUAUAUAUAGCAAGAAAAUUUGCAACCAAAUAUAUGUGAUUUUAUUAGAGUUCAAACCUAGUCAUGAAUUUCA